AGUUUUUCCCAUUACACUUUGUUCUAUUCACUUUGAUCUUUUCUGUCGCUGGUCGGCUAGAAAAUCACAAAACUAAUACUCAGCUCUUCUUGCUCAAAACUGUCAAUUGUACCCGGUACACAUAUUUUCAACCUUUAUAUCCGAAAAGAACAAGAUUAAUACCAGGAACACCACAAUAAUGGCAGCCGUACAACUGAACUUUACUCUCCGGACUUCGUCCAACUGCAAGACGGUGCAUCUGAUCGGCUCAUGGGAUGGCUACAAGAGUCAACUUCCUCUCUCCAAGGAUCAGACCAAACAAGGCGGCUGGAAAGGCACUUUCAGAUUCCAGGGCUCGACACUGAAGCCUGGCUCGAGAUAUUGGUACUACUACAUCAUCGAUGGUUACCACGUCUCCCACGAUCCAGCCCGCGAAUCCACAACAGAGCCCACUACAGGUCGCAAACUUAAUAUCUUAGAUAUUCCCUCAGCCAAGUCUCCAGCACCUCGUCCAGCACCAGCGCCAUCUUCAAAGUCACAAAGCAGCCACACCAGUAAACACACCCGCCGCACAAGCGAACACAUCCCCAAAGGCCGCUCCCUCUCACCAUCCCAAAUCAAAUGCCCCCGUCCAAACCGCCCACACGAAACCCGCACAAUCGCCCGCGAACAAUACAACGCCUCCUCCAUCGAUCGUCUCGCCACUAGACUCAAGACCACGCAAUUAGACUCUGACAGCGAGAGUGAUUCAGGUAGCGAUGUACCUUCCCUCACGUCUUCACGCUCCAGCGCCUCUUCAUCACCGUCCAGUGCGACAUCGAGGUCUUCAUCUGCUAGUUGUUGUACUUGCAAUCGCUUUGGCAUCACACGGUCGGGCAAUCGUGUGAAAUUGGAUUGUGGCGGGGAUGUGUGUAAUUAUGAUGAUGGGAGUGAUUGUUCGUCUGAGAGUGAGGAUGAAAAGAUGCAUCGUGCGAGGACCACGAGACGGCAAGGUAUGAUUGUGCGUCGCUGAGAGGAAGUACGCCAAUACGCCUCUAAAGUUCUGAGGUUGCUAUCGACGUUCAUUACGACAAUUCUUUUUACGAUGCAUGCACGACUUACGCCAUCCAUC